UUCAAUAAGUCUUUGAAAUACGAGACCAUUGUAAAAUGUGAGGAUUUGCUUAACGCAAUCCGAGAAAACGUGACGCUAUGCGCACCACGACCAGCAGUAAACGCAUACAUUUUAUCGAUGGUCAAUGGUGUAGAGGAGCGGAACACAUUACCACCUGUAGGACGAAACAUGAUUGAUAACUCAAAACGGAUCUCCAACACACAGGAACGUCGAAAGGAAGUAGAGCAUGCAAUGUACUACGAAGAAUUGUGUGGACUGAACACUUGUGGAAAUUUUCUCGGAGAAGAAUUUGCUAUACUAUGCGUAAGUUGCAAAGUAUGGUUUCAUGGCAGCUGUGUCAACAUUUCACGCAAAAUAGCAACUACCCUUGAAAAGAAAAAAUUUGAAUGGUCUUGCGAUAUUUAUAUCUCGGCACCUGUUACUGACAAAUACCCUGCGGCUGAUGGUUCUCCCCCGGAAAAAAGCUAGGAAAUUUGAAGCAAAUUCGAUGGCAAUGUCGCCAAUGUUCAAUUUCGAACCUCAAUCGGACAAUGAUUCCACGGACGAGGGAUGUUAGAACCUUUCUGUGUCAUGUCUGUGUCUGUUGAUUGAAUUUCCAGACCUCAACGUAUGAUAAAUCUCCUAUACAGUCACGUGAAAUUCUUUCCUCCUCCUUUUUGUUUUGUGGCUAUUCAUAUUUUUCAAUCCCCAACAAAAAAUGUUCUAAGUUAACUCUACCCAUUUGUAAUGCAUAUCCCACAGUCAAAAAGGUUGUUUUCAAAAAGAUGAAAGGUGUAAAAGGUGAAAAAUAAU